GAAGAAGAAGAAGAAGAAGAGGAGAAAGAGGCAGCAGAAGAAGAAGCAGAAGCAGCAGAAGAAGAGUGUAUUCGGGCUGUUUGCGGUAGCUAUGCUCAUUAGCUAGCAAGCCAUGAUUUAAAAGAAAAAUAUAUUUAUUUUCGAACAUAACGUGAGAAAGGAAAUACUCCUACUACGGCGGUGGAUGUCACUUUAAGGUGACACCAUGCUCCUGGAGCCCGCAGCAGCUGAAGAUCGACGUGUUUAACCGAGAAUCCGCCGUCACUGCUGCCAUCAUGGGAACGACGGUGAGUGAGCCGUGUAUCUACGACAAACUGUCUGAGAGCAUCGACAUCCUCCGGCAGUCUGGCUACCGCUACGGCAUGUCGGAGAGGGAGAUUGAGAGGUUCAUCAGGCAGGUCCUGGAGACCAACGAGCCCAGGAGAGAGCCUCCCCAGUUCCCCAUCCUGAGAGCCACCAUAAAGUUUGUGGUGGCAGUGGGCUUCCUGCUGGUGGUGGUGCUGGCCUUCACCUACCGCCAGAGUGGCCCCCAGCUGGGUCUGGUCAACCUGGGCUGUUACAACUGGUCGUCCCCCCUCAGCCACGUCCGACUGCUGUCCCUGCCCAUCGCCAAGAAGUACAACCUGCAAGGUUUCCAUGAAUGGUGGAGUGCCGGCUCUCUCAGGCAGAAUCUGGUCAACUGUUCGAGCUGUGCAGAGAUCUCCUCGGUGCUGGAAGUCCCAGAGAGCCUCAGAGGGACUGUGGCUCUCCGACGGGGGCCACAGCUCGUCCUGCUGAAGGGUGGGGAGUCCCUCAGUGUCCAGCGGCAGCAGCUUGAGGAGCUGUAUUUGGCCCAUUCAGGCUCCAUGUCCAUUCUGCUGGAGGAGGACGACGGUCUGCAGAACCACAACCUCGGCCUCCCCCAAGGACCCGCCAACUUCACUCUGCUCUGGAGGUUCAGCUCUGGGACCAGGGAGAAGGUGUUGAGGUGGCUCUUCCCGAAGGCUGAGCUCUGCCCCCUGUUGGACAGUGCUGGGACCAUCGUGCAGCGCUGCUUGGUCACCCACAGCACAAACUCCCAGAGCAAGGGUGUCGGGGUGUUUGGCUGGCUGGUGGUGGGCGAGGGGCUACCAACAGUUCGCGUUCUGCCUGUUCAACGCUGUCAGAAACACUGCAGCUCCUUCAACCUGUGGCUGACACGUGGAGACAUGGUGUACGCUGACCCUCGGUACUGGCAGAUGGAGCUGUUCCCCGGCCGAGGCCAGAACAUCAUCUGUGAUGGAUCAGCCUUUUAACCUUCAUGUGAAGGAGGACCGAGUUCAGGACUGGGCUGUUACGUGCAGAUCGGCUGUGAAUGUUUUGACUUCCUGCUGAGGCGUUUUUGGAGCUCGUCGGCCUUUCUGUGGCCCCGCCCACUGAUGCCUUAUAACCCUCUGGUCUUUUUUCUGACGCCCUGCCUGUCUGACAAUCCUCCCAGUGUCCUCAGAGAACUGGAAACCACUGCACACAUGACUUCAGUUUGGAAAAAGGGGAUCUCCUGCAGGUUUCAAGGGUCGAGGUCAGAGGAUUGAAGAAAUGUACUUUUUGACUUUGUCCUCGUAUAACAGCAGAUCAUCAACUCCCUGCAGCUCUCAGAUGUUGUGGAUGUGCUGUGCUUGUGCCAUAGCUUCAAGCAGAUAUCUAGCAAUUAAAAAAAUAUAUCAUUGGGUGUGUCUCUCUUUCAGAAGGUAGCGAAACACCGUUGAUCUAGUUCCAGACCUCUGAAUCACGGCCCACAUUUCAGAUUUUUUCGGUGAUUCAAACAUGGGACUUGUGUUGUGCUCACUGAUGGCGGUUUUCUUUGGUUACUGGUCAAUCAGAGCUUCAUAGGUGGGAUUAAGAAUAGGGACGUCAUCUUUUUAGUAAAAUGUCUUCAGGUGUGGAUGAAAUGUUUGCAGCUGUACAGGUUGACGUAAGUCUUAAAUCUCAACAUUUCUUCAAUGAACAUGUCAAACUUUCACUCCUGUGUUGACUGAUGAAUCCGUCCAAUCAACAUCAUUUUCAGUCACUGCUGAUUGGUUAAAACUAAAAAUAAACAUCCCUCCCAAACAGAAAACAGCUAACAUAAACACCAUGUCAGACAGAAGGAGCGGACAUUCAGUCUGAUUAUGAGGGCACCUGGUGCAUAUUCUUCUUGAAUUUAAUCAAUUUAUAACCAAACUAAGUUUGGGAACACAGGGAGCUCAAUAAGGACCUUUUUAUAUUUUAGCCCCAGACCCCUCGUUAAUCCAGCUCUGGCUGAUAUGUUCAUCCAGUCAUUGAGCACUCUUUUCUUUUUGCAGUGCAUUCUGGGAACUUUCUAGGAAUUGAAUGAUUUUGGUGUCUGGACUUGCUGGACGUUCACUACCUCCUGAAGUUGUGAGACGCAGCGGCAGCGUCACCUUCUGCGCUUCAUCUGGUACUUUGCUCGAUGUCAAAGGGCCAGUUCACCCAAGUUACAAAAAACACCAUUUUCUUACUCAUCUCUGGUAUCUAGAACACACUGUCUGCAGUUUUCAUUGGAACUUAAUUCCAAUUUUUCUGACAUUAGAUAUAUAUAUAUAUAUUUUCUGUAAGUUAAUCUCCAGGCCUGUUUUGUUGUCUACAUAUUAUUAAACAAGAUAAGUAUUUACCAAACAUAAUCAAACUUAUUCCUACAUAAAAAGAAAACAGAUUCUAAAUGAUAUGCUGCUUGUUGAUGACCUCUAGGUUCAUUUUUUGGGAAAAGAUCACUUCUACAGAGAAAUCAUUAAUAUAGCUCACGUUUGAGAUAUUAUAUUAGUGCCUGUACUUGAUUUUGCUACCCAAUAAUUUCCAAAAAUAAUUGUGACAUUCAAAAGCAGCUUUAUAUUUAUUGAUUUUUAUCUGUGAGAUUUUAAAUACCGCUCACUGUCAUUUACUCAACUACUGACGUGAACACCAAGAUAAUUUAUGUAGAGCCUCUCUGGUGUUUCAGCAGCAGUCCACAGAGUUGUUGUUGUAAAUUGUACAGACAUCAGCUGAGAAUUUCAUUUCUGGAUUAACGUAACCGACUACAGCUGAGUAAAUUCACCAGCUCAGUUGCUGUUGGAGACUUAACCUCGAGUAAGCUCAGCAGCUCUUUGAUCUAAUAAUUGUAGCUCUUGCGACUUAAAAACUGUGCUUUGUAAUCGUUCAAACCUUGAACACAUCAACGGUUUUCAUUGGAAAAAGUUUCUACCACAGAAGAAGCCCAGUGAAAACCAUCUGUGGGUUAUUCAGAAUAACUGGGACACUGUUCCUGUUGAAUUAAAUUCCUUUCACCUCUGUUGUAUUAAGGCAUAAGUCUCAGAGACAGGUAUCUCAAAACCUGGACAAAUAACACCAAAAGUAUCUGACCGGAGAGAUAAUAUAAUAAUACUAGAGGGGAGAGAGUAUGUAUGUUUGUAAUUUGGGUGAACUGACCCUUUAACAGCCAGUUACAACUCUUAACGUUUAUUUUCAUCCUUCGUGACGGUUAUCAGACUCCGAUGACUGCUUCACUAAUUUCAGUGUCGUUAUUUAUUGUUAUGAUUGUAUGUAUGUUCAAGCCAUACAUUUUAAUAAUAAUGUUGUAAUAUUAUUAUACAUUGAUCACUUGUAUCAGUACAGACAGAAGUUAACAUCACAAUGAAGCAGUGGAGGAUAUAUUUUGUGCAUAAUCGGGGUUUCCAUGGGUCGAUAAAAGUCUAAAUAAUAUUAAAUCAGUUUGCCAAAGUUGAUGCCUGUGAAAUCUGAGUCUCAGUGUUUAAUAGACGCUCUCCCUCAUUUUGUGUUAGCGUCCCAAAAAAUCCCCAAACAUCACCAGUUGGGGGCGCUUGAACAAAAUUGAGGAGUGAAUCUUUUAAAAUGUUCGCUUCGCAUAGAAAUGUCAUAGUUUUAUGAGAUAAUUAAAACUUGUCAUGAAUUUG